ACGAGCUUGAACUGAGUCCUGGAGGGUUGGAUGAGGAUGUUGCAAGACGACAUAUAUUCCAGGUUCUACGUGCUCUGGCUUUCUGCCAUAACAACAACGUGAUUCAUCGUGACGUGAAGCCUGAGAAUGUUCUUGUAUCUAAGCUAGGCGUGAUCAAAUUAUGUGAUUUUGGGUUUGCUCGAGCAACAGCUUCUCCUGGAGAGCUUUAUACAGAUUAUGUUGCUACAUGAUGGUAUAGAGCUUCUGAACUGCUACUGUUAUUGUUUAAGAUUAUGUUGCUACAUGAUGGUAUAGAGCUCCUGAAUGGCUACUGUUAUUGUUUAACCCUAUCCCUGCUGGGGUACUUGAA